AUGGGCCGGCUCCACAUGGUAGUCAACCACACGGUCAACCACACGGUCAACCACACGGUCAACCACACGGUCAACCACACGGUCAACCACGCGGUCAACCACACGGUCAACCACACGGUCAACCACACGGUCAACCACACGGUCAACCACACGGUCAACCACACGGUCAACCACACGGUCAACCACACGGCCAACCACACGGUCAACAACACGGUCAACCACACAGUCAACCACACGGUCAACCACACUACCAACCACACGGUCAACCACACGAUCAACCACACAGUCAACCACACGGUCAACCACACAGUCAACCACACGGUCAACCACACGGUCAACCACACGGUCAGCCACACGGUCAACCACACGGUCAACCACACUGUCAACCACACGGUUAACCACACGGUCAACCACACGGUCAACCACACGGUCAACCACACGGUCAACCACACGGUCAACCACACGGUCAACCACACUACCAACCACACAGUCAACCACACGGUCAACCACACGGUCAACCACACGGUCAACCACACGGUCAACCACACGGUCAACCACACGGUCAACCACACGGUCAACCACACUACCAACCACACAGUCAACCACACGGUCAACCACACGGUCAACCACUCUACCAACCACACGGUCAACCACAGGGCCAACCACUUAGUCAACCACUUAGUCAACCUCACG